UGGUGACUGACAUACGAUAUUUCGCAUUUUGCUUGCAAAAAACUGGCAAAAAUAUUUUUUGUACUUUGUUUUGUAAAACUAAUUUCAAGAAAUCAUUGUAGUUGUCACACUUGAUAUGUUUCAAAUUUAUCCUAGUUUUUAAUAUUUAAGUUACACCAUGAUUACGCUUAAUAGAAAAUUGAAAAAAGAUGUUGAGCCCCCGAUCACGAAUGGUAUAACUGUGGAGUCCGUAAAAAGAAUCUCCGUGAGGGACAAACUGCUGGUGAAGGAGGUGCAGGAGAUGAAUGAGAACCUGCCGGCGACGUGUUCUGUCCACUUUGAGGACCACAACGUUCUUAGUGAAUUCAUUCUGAACGUGUGCCCCGACGAAGGCUACUGGCAGGGGGGCAAGUUUAAAUUUAGUGUGUUCGUCACCGAAGACUAUAAUAUGGCGCCUCCAAAAGUAAAAUGUCUGACAAGACUGUGGCACCCGAACAUAAAUGUAGAUGGUGACAUCUGCUUAUCAUUGCUCCGACAGACUUCCAUUGACGAGCACGGCUGGGCGCCCACACGCCGAUUGAAGGAUGUGGUUUGGGGACUUAACUCUCUAUUUACUGAUCUCUUAAAUUUCGAAGACCCUUUGAACAUAGAAGCAGCAGAAAUGUACAAGAAGAACAAAACUGAGUUCCAGGCGAAAGUUCAAGAGUACAUCGCAGUCUCCAAGGGUAAAAGAUGAAACUGGCUGAAGCUGGCUCACUCGCUACCUUUCUAUCUCAUUAGGAAACUUUAUACAUACUUCAUUCUUAUCAACUUGUUUGUAUUACACCAUUUAGCACAAGAAUAAUGAUGCUAAUGUUGUUUUCGUGUUUGCCAAAAAUAAACUGAGGAAAUAUUGCAUUGUUGAGCACAUAUUUUAAGAGUUUAUGGCAUAUUAUUUUCCUGGUGACAAAACUUAAUGGCAUCUCACUGUUUGUAACUAAUAAAGUAUGUAGCAUUUAAUUCUAUUGGAGACAAUUUUAGGUGUUUUGUUGGCCAUUAAAUUGAAAAAGAGUACUCUAAAUACUAAUUGCUUAUAUUUUUAAUUUAAUGUUGUUACUGAAACAAAAACUUGAUUAGCUACUAACCUAUUAUUUUUGGUAUUAUCUUAAAUUCUUUUUAUACCUCUCAUUUAUAUUUAUUUUGUCGCUGGGUUAAAGGUAUGCCUUUAAAUAGUACAUGUAUUAUAAUAUAUUCUUCACAUUUCCACACUAUAAUAAUUAUUGGAACAAUUCUAACUUCACUUCUGUAUCUAUGAACUAGAAUUUUGUGCAAACAUGAAAUUAAACAAGUUUCAAAAUGUCCGUUAAUAAAAUUGUUGGGAAUAUUAUAGCUAAAAGUUAACUAAUGCUGAGUGGUUUAAUAUUUGUAGAUAAAUAUAAUAAAUACUCCAAAAUGGUGAUAUGUACAUUUAUCUGUUUUUGGUGUAUUUUUCUAUUGAUGAAUUAAUCUUGUCAUUAUUUAAGGAACUUUCCAUUAUUAUAAAUAAUUAAUAGAUAUUAGUUUUACCUUGUAUUUUGAAUGAUCAAGAUAUUUAGUGUUUUGGCAUAGUCAACAUGUAUUUUUAUUGAGAUAGCAGUAGCCAUUAAUUUUUUAUGGUUCUUUCUUAUCAUAAUAACAUACAAGGUGUCAAUAGAUAAGUAUUUAAUUUGAAAUACAUGUAAAGAUAUUGGAUUUUCAUGCAUUACAUAUUAUGUGACUAUUUAAUAAAAAGUUUGCUUUGAAACUUACUAUGUGAGCUAAAUGUGUUGAUAGUUGCUCAAUUCUUCACUUCAUCAUUUUGAUAUUAUGUUCGUAAAAUGUUGUUGUAUGUUUAAAUAAAUUAAUAAAAAUACACCAAAAACUAAUCAAC